AUGAGUCCGUGUGUAGUGACUGAUGUCGGAAACACAGAGAAAGUCGUUAACCAGUUAAACUCCCGGAGGCUGUCCGGUCUAAAAAUGGCGGCUUUGAAACUGCCCACUCGGCCUAAUCAGACCUUCCAUGGCGGUAAAACCGGUGUGAUUGUUACCAGAACCUUGACUCUUGUUUAUCAUCCCACAUUGCUUUCCAGACACAGAGCUCAGAACCAGAUAAUGAUAAGCAGCGGUAACAGCGGCCCACAACGGUUCCUUUUCACUCAGCCUCAGCGGCUGAGCCAAUGUAACCGUUACUUUGAAGAAGAGCUAAGAAAUGUGUCAUGGACUCAUAGAACAUCAAUGGAGGUUCGGUGUAAGGCUGGAGCAGUGCCUCUGAUGAAGCAAAGCCAUCGGUUUCUCUCUUCCCUCUCUUCCCCAGCCUUAGCUGGAGAUCCUUCAGCUACGAACCGCCACAUAAAGAAGUUUGUAGCCGCUUCACCCAAAUCAGUGGCUCUCAAUGUCCUCUCUCAUCUCCUCUCAGCUCACACUUCACAUCCUCAUCUCUCCUUUUAUGCUCUCUCCCUGUAUUCGGAGAUUACUGAAGCAUCAUGGUUUGAUUGGAACCCCAAGCUCAUUGCUGAACUUGUUGCUCUGCUCAAUAAACAAGAAAGGUUCGACGAAUCAGAAACUCUACUUUCUACUGCGGUUUCAAGGUUGAAGUCAAACGAACGAGACUUGGCUCUCUUCUUCUGCAAUUUAGUUGAAUCAAAUGCUAAACAAGGGUCGAUACAAGGAUUCGACGAAGCUUGCGUUCGUUUGAGAGAGAUAAUCCAAAGAUCUUCAUCAGUCUAUGUCAAAACUCAAGCUUACAAGUCUCUGGUUUCUGGCUUAUGCAACAUGGACAAACCUCACGAUGCAGAAAGAGUUAUCGAUGAGAUGAGAACCGAAAAAGUAAAGCCGGGGUUGUUUGAAUAUAAGUCUGUUCUCUACGGUUAUGGAAGAUUAGGAUUGUUUGACGACAUGAACAGAGUGGUUCAGAGAAUGGAAACAGAAGGUCACAAGAUCGACACGGUUUGUUCAAAUAUGGUUCUGUCUUCUUAUGGAGCUCAUGACGCUCUUCCACAAAUGGGUUCUUGGCUACAGAAACUUAAGGACUUCAACGUUCCUUUGUCCAUAAGAACGUACAACUCGGUCUUGAAUUCUUGUCCUACAGUAACAUCACUGUUAAAAGACUUGGACACUUGUCCUCUUUCUCUUUCUGAGCUGCUUACUUUUCUGAACGAGGACGAGGCGGUUCUGGUAAGCAAAUUGACUUGGUCAUCGGUCUUAGAUGAGGCAAUAGAGUGGAAUUCGUUAGAAGGUAAGUUGGAUUUACAUGGAAUGCACUUGAGCUCAUCGUAUUUGAUAAUGAUGCAAUGGAUGGAUGAGAUGAGAGUUAGAUUUAGUGAAGAGAAGUGUGUGGUUCCUGCUGAGAUUGUAGUUGUUUCGGGGUCAGGUAAACACAGCAAUGUAAGAGGAGAGUCGCCGGUUAAAGCGCUGGUUAAGAAGAUAAUGGUUCGUACCGGAAGUCCGAUGAGAAUCGACCGGAAGAAUGUUGGUAGUUUCAUUGCUAAGGGGAAAACUGUAAAAGAAUGGCUUUGUAAAUGA